AUGGAAGUUUCACCAAACACUUUAGAGUUCACUGGUUCAUUCACCAAACAAAUUACCGAGUACUUGACCUUGUCAAACCCUACAAACCAGCCAUUGGCUUUCAAAGUCAAGACUACUGCCCCAAAAUUGUACUGUGUAAGACCAAACGCCUCCGUCAUUGAACCGGGCCAAUCUUUACAGAUUUCAAUAAUCUUGCAAGGGUUUUCUCAACCAUUGCCAUCCGACUAUAAAUGUAAGGAUAAGUUUUUGUUAGUCUCCGUCCCUGCCUCCCCACAAACCGAUGCAUCCAAGAUUGGUGAGUUGUGGCCACAGUUGGAAGCUCAAAACAAGGCUCAAGUAAUUUCAAAGAAAUUGAGAGUUAGCUACGUCAUUGGCCAAGACAAGGCCGACACUGGUGCAACCCAAAACAACAACACAAACAACACCAACAACACCAACAACAGCACCACCACCACCACCGACAACAACAGCAAUAAUCACGCAGCUCAAAACUCUUCUACUGGAUCACCACUCGCUGCAGGUGCCGCAGGAGUUGCUGCAGGUGGCGCAGCAGGCUAUGCAGCAAGCAACCACAGCCACAACCACAACCAACAACCUCCUCAACAACAAAGUUACCAACAACAACAACAACAGCAACCUCCUCAACAACAACAAAGUUACCAACAACAACCACAACAACAACAACAACAACCUCCUCAACACCAAAGCAACAACUCUUUUGGUGGCUACAACCAAAACCAACCAUUUUCACAAAACGGUGGCAGCUCUUCUUACGGUCAAGGUUCAGACUAUGGUUCUCAAAAUAGAUCCUUCAAUGAUACUUCAUCUAUAAAUAAUGGAUACAAUGGUGGCUACCAGCAACAACAGCCACCACUUCGCCAACAACAAAGCUACAGCCAAGGUGGCUACGAUUCUGGCUUUGGUAACCACCAGCAGCAACAACAACAACAACAACAACCACAAUCAGCAGUUCAACGUGAAUUGGAAGCAUUGGCUAGACAGGUUCAAACUUUGUCGACUAAACUAGAGGAGAAAAAUUCUCGUUCUACUUCUGGAUCAGGUGUCUCGGCUAUUGUUGAUAGCGAUUUGGCAGCUAAUGGUAUUUCGUUACCAAUUGCAUUGGUCUUGAUCUUGGUCGCCUUCCUUGUUGGCUGGUUGGUAUUUUAA